AUGGAAGAGUUCCCGUCGACUUACCGGCCAUACGGGAACGACCAGAAGUUCGAGACGUCGAAGGGCAACUUCAACGGUGUGAAUCAGGUAAACGUAAAUCGGCCUUGGUCGCUCGAUCCGCCUCCGUUUCCACCACCACCGCGCACCGCUACCAAGGUCAGUAAAGCUUCGUCGGCCGCGAAAUCAUGGAGCUUUAACGAUGCUGAGUUGAAGAGGCGAAAGCGAGUGGCAAAAUAUAAGGCCUACGCUGUCGAGGGGAAACUCAAGGCUUCUUUUAGGAAAGGACUCCGUUGGAUCAAGAAUAAAUGCUCUGAGAUCGUCCAUGGCUGA